UUGGAAAGAAUCCCUAAUGAUAGCCGGCACUCUUCUAAGUAAAGUAACCCUUCUAUUUACAUACCACUCAAACUCUUUUCCACAAAUCUUUCUUCUUCCAUCUUUACAAAACCACCAUUAGAACUUAGAACACCAUGGACAGGUUAAUAACAUUAGAGCCAUCAAAUGUGGUUGCAAUACGGAUCGAACAAGGUCAAAGGUGUUAUGGUCAACUCACAUUACGAAACGUCAUGUACACAAUGCCCGUAGCUUUCCGUUUACAACCAAUGAACAAAUCACGUUACACUAUCCGUCCACAAUCCGGGAUCAUUUCCCCACUAACAACCGUUACAAUCGAAAUCACAUACGAUUUUCAAGAUUCAUCUCUCCCGAGGGGUGGCUCGUUUCCUUACUCUGACGACUCAUUCUUGCUACACAGUGUCGUGGUCCCCGGUGCUUCUGCUAAAAACCCAACCUCGACCCAUGAUUCGGUCCCGAGUGAUUGGUUCACAACCCGUAAAAAACAAGUUUUUUUGGAUAGCGCCAUACGGGUAAUGUUCGUCGGGUCGAUGGUGAUGACCCGACUUGUGAAGAACGGGUCGAUAGAUGAAAUUCGCGAGGUUUUAGAAAAGAGUGAUCCGAGUUGGAACGCGGUCGACUCGGUUGACUCGGAAGGUCAAUCGUUACUCCAUUUAGCGGUUUCCAAAAGUCGACCCGAUUUAGUCCAGGUGUUACUUGAGUUCGACCCGGACGUCGAGUGUCGAAACUGGUCCGGGUCGACCCCACUCGAGUCCGCGGCUAGCUCGGGUGAGACCUUGAUUGUCGAGCUGUUACUGGCUCACCGAGCUAGCAUCGAGCGGUUUGAGUCAUCCACAUGGGGUGCGGUUCAUUUAGCCGCAGGUGGUGGUCAUGUGGAUGUUUUGAAGCUUCUUUUGCUCCGAGGUGCGAAUGUGAACUCCCUUAUGAAAGACGGGAACACCGCGUUACACCUGGCGGUGGAGGAGCGGCGGCGAGACUGUGCUCGAGUCCUCCUGGCCGCCGGAGCAAAGGUCGAUAUCGGAAAUUCCGAUAACGAAACUCCGUUACACAUCUCCGCCGCCCUCGGAGACGAUAACAUGGUGAAGCUUCUGUUACAAAAGGGGUGUAAUAAGGACAUUAAGAACAAAUUAGGUAAAACGGCGUAUGACGUGGCGGCGGAGCAUGGGCACACGCGGUUGUUUGAUGUGCUCCGGUUGGGUGAUAGGCUGAGUGUGGCGGCGAGGAAAGGGGAGGUGAGAGCGAUUAAUCGGUUACUUGAUGGUGGUGCCGCCAUUAACGGGGUGGAUCAGCACGGGUGGACGGGGUUGCACCGGGCCUCGUUUAAAGGGCAUACGGAUGUGGUUCGGGUUUUGAUUGAAAAGGGUGUUAAUAUUGAUGCGAGAGAUGAAGAUGGGUACACUGCUAUGCAUUGUGCAGUUGAAUCUGGGAAUGUUGAUGUGCUUGAAUUGUUGGUGAAGAAAGGGGCGGAUGUUAAGGCGAGAACCAAUAAGGGUGUGACAGCUAUGCAAAUUGCGGAUUCGUUGAAUUACGCGGGAGUUAUAAGAAUACUUAUUAAUGGAGGUGCUAAUAGGGAUGAAGUCAAAAAGGUCAGUCAAAGUUUACCGGCUUUUGGGAAUAAAAUUGGCGGGAGAUUGGAUAAGGAGACAAUAAAGAAGAGGACUACACGAGCAAAAGUUGUUCGUGGUAGUUUUGGAUACAGUGGUUCACCGUUAGCUAGGGUUAGUUAAAAUGGGUUUUUUACUUGGGUGAUUGAGUAUUUUUAUUAUUAUUGGCAGGGGUAAAUUCGUAAAGUGUUCAUUCUUGUGUUAGUUAGUAUUGAAAAUUCAUAUGGCUGUAUUGUAUGAUUCUUGAUAUCUCGCCAAGAUCAUAUUGUAAUAUUGAUUAGAUUUGUGUGUAAUGUGUAAAAUUGAAAUUUGGGCGUAUACAAUUAUUGCUACACUAAAAAUAUUGUAUUUUCAUUCCUUUAAAACGUGUGUUUGAAUUUGUAUCUCCAGAUUUGAGAAACACUCUAAAAGAAGUGCUAAAUUUCCCAACAUUAGUUUCUUCUUGUUAACAUAAGAUUUGUGUUCUACCUUAA